GCAUAGCGCCGACUGCGCUAUGAUUGACACCAACCUUUAGCCAAUGGAAAAAUUAGAAAUCGCCAAGGGGCGUUUCCAGGAAGAGAGUCGCAACAUUUUCCUGUAAUGGCGGACCAGGCGGAGAGCGAGACUAUCGGAUUCAGCGACAACAGAAUGGCGCAGCAGGCAGUGCGGUUCCGCAGCCCUGCCCCUGCACCUGCGCCCGCCCCAACCCCAGUGUUGCGAGGCCCACCACCGCUGCUCAGGCCGCCACCACCUCCUUUUGGGAUGAUGAGGGGACCACCGCCACGGCCCCCUUAUGCACGUCCACCCUUUGACCCGAACAUGCCACCCAUCCCACCACCCGGAGGCAUGCCGCCACCCAUGGGACCUCCUCACUUACAGAGACCUCCAUUCCUCCCCCCUCCCAUUGGUAACCUACCACCUCCCCCAGGGAUGCUGUUCCCUCCUGGGAUGCCUCCCGUUCCUACACCUGGAACCCCCGCAGUCAACCCCGCAGAAGAGAUCUGGGUAGAGAACAAGACGUCAGAGGGAAAGGCAUAUUACUACAACGCCAGGACCAGAGAGUCAUCGUGGAGUAAACCGGACGGUGUGAAAAUCAUCCAGCAGUCUGAACUCAACCCUCUUCUUGUCGGGGGGACGGGUUCGAGCGGGGGAGUGACUACAGCUGGCAGCUCAAGCACUGUCAACACUACAGCCAGCACAGCAGCAGCCAGCUCUACCCAGGCCCCCUCCACAACGGUCUCCCGCGUACUCGCCUCCAGUACAGACUCCACCACCUCCUCCUCCCCGUCUGUGACCAUUGCAUCCACUGUUGUAGCAGACCUAUCCCCUGUUGCCACAGUGACCUCAACUGUUACUGUGUCUCCAGUCACCGUGGUGACUGUUUCCACGGUGCCAUCGCCUGUUACGGCGGUGCAGACGAUGCCACUUCUGCCUGCGGGCCUGCCUCACAGUGUGGCCCAGCCAACCACAGCCAUGUCUGCCUUUCCCCCUGUCAUGGUGCCACCCUUUAGGGUGCCCUUGCCGGGCAUGCACAUUCCUCUACCAGGUGUAGCAAUGAUGCAGAUAGUAGGUGGUCCCUGUGUAAAGGCAGGCCCCAGCGCCAACGGGAUGCUUCCUGGUAUGGGCCCGCCUUUAGUUUCCAUGAUGCACCCCCAGCUGGCUCUCUCAGCGGCUCCAGCCUCCAUGGCCGCAUCAUUGCACCUCCCUGAGUGGUCAGAGUACAAAACAGCUGAUGGGAAAACGUACUACUACAACAACCGAACACUGGAGUCCACCUGGGAGAAACCGCAGGCCCUGGUGGAGAAAGGUUUCUUUAACUUAUUCUCCUCACUAUCUUCAGAAAAAGAAGCUGAAAGGGCAAAGGAGCGUUUGGCACAGGCAGAAGCUGAGGCGAUGGAGAUGGAGGAUGAAGAGAACAAAAUGGAAAAUGCCAACAAUGAGAAGGAGGAGCCUAAAGAAGAAGAGAUGACGGAAGAGGAAAAAGCGGCUCAGAAAGCCAGGCCUGUAGCCACCAACCCCAUCCCUGGCACACCAUGGUGUGUAGUAUGGACGGGUGACGACCGCGUGUUUUUCUACAACCCCACAACUCGGCUGUCCAUGUGGGACCGACCCGAGGAGCUGGUCGGUCGAGCAGACGUCGACAAGCACAUCCAGGAGCCACCGCACAAGAGAGGCCUGGACGACGGGAAGAAGACAGGUGUGGACAAAGACAACACUCGGAUGCCACCAGUGAUUAAAAGAUUCAAUAAGGAAGAGCCAGAAUUAGCGAUGGCUACUGAAGAGAAUCAGGAUGAGGAGCCAACCAAAGCCAAAAAGAGGAAGACUCAGGAAGUGAAGGAGGCGGACACGGAGAAGGAAGCGGCAAUGGAGGCGGAACUUCGAGCUGCCAGAGAACGAGCGAUAGUGCCGCUGGAGGCCCGGAUGACCCAGUUCAAAGACAUGCUGCUGGAAAGAGGGGUGUCUGCGUUCUCAACCUGGGACAAAGAGCUUCACAAGAUUGUGUUUGACCCACGUUACCUUCUGCUUAACCCAAAAGAGAGAAAAACGGUGUUUGAUCAGUAUGUGAAGACGCGAGCGGAGGAGGAGAGGAAGGAGAAGAAGAACAAGCUGAUGCAGGCCAAAGACGAGUUCAGGAGGAUGAUGGAGGAGUCGAAGCUCACGCCCAGAACAACAUUUAGUGAAUUUGCGGUGAAGCAUGGCCGAGACCCGCGGUUUAAGACCAUCGAGAAGAUGAAGGACAGGGAGGCCAUCUUCGUGGAAUUCAUCACCGCUAUGAGGAAGAGGGAGAAGGAGGACUCCAAAUCCAGAGGAGAGAAGGUGAAGCAAGACUUCUUUGAUCUCCUGAACGAGCAGCACGUAGAGGGAGGCCAGCGAUGGAGUAAAGUGAAAGAGAGGCUGGAGACGGACCCGCGAUACAAGUCUGUGGACAGCUCUGCACUCAGAGAAGAGCUUUUCAAGCAGUACGGGGAAAAACAAGCCAAGAAUGUGGACAUCGACAAGGAGCGAGAGUUGGAGCGGCAGGCUCGUAUCGAGGCCAGUCUCCGAGAGCGGGAGCGUGAGGUGCAGAAGGCGCGAUCAGAACAGACCAAAGAGAUCGACCGGGAAAGGGAGCAGCACAAGAGGGAGGAGGCCAUCCAGCAUUUCAAAGCUCUCAUGUCCGAUAUGGUACGCUCUUCAGACGCAACGUGGUCAGACACGCGCCGCAACCUGCGGAAGGAUCAUCGCUGGGAGUCGGCAUCGUUGCUGGAGAGAGAGGAGAAGGAGAAGCUGUUCAACGAACACGUAGAAGCUCUGGCCAAGAAGAAGAAAGAACAUUUCAGGCAGCUCCUGGACGAGACCAUCAUGAUCACUUUGACAACCACGUGGAAGGAGGUAAAGAAGGUCAUCAAAGAGGAUCCUCGCUGUAUCAAGUUCUCCUCAAGUGACAGAAAAAGACAACGUGAGUUUGAGGACUACAUCAAAGACAAGUACAUCACAGCCAAAGCCGACUUCAGGACCCUGCUGAAGGAGACAAAGUUCAUCACCUACAGGUCGAGGAAGCUGAUCCAGGAGUCGGAGCAACAUCUGAAGGAUGUGGAGAAGAUCCUUCAGAAUGACAAGCGUUACCUGGUUCUGGAGUGUGUCCCAGAGGAGCGCAGGAAGCUCAUCAUGUUCUACAUCGAAGACCUGGACCGCCGCGGGCCGCCGCCUCCCCCCACCGCCUCUGAGCCCACCAGACGCUCCACCAAGUGACCUGUGGCAUCACCUUCUCGGCCAGUGUCCCACAUCCUCCUUUGCCCUCCCUUUGGCCAGAGCAUGACCUCCCCCGACGCCCCUGAACCCCCGCCCUCCAGGCCCACGGCUGGCCUCGCAGUGUUACUACUGGGGGUUACGUUGCUUAGAGAUGUACCAUAGAGAUGAACGGUUAAAAGGUUCUCUGUGUUAUGUCGCCACUUAGCCGUGAAAUAGCCCUGCAAUUUAAGGCAACAGCAGGGAACAGAGGUUACCUGAUGGACCGCUCGCCUCUGACUGACCACAUUAGAGGGAGAGCGGAAUAGUGAUGAGCCUGCUGCCCAAGCAGCCGCAGAGGUGUAAGAUAGCUGAUGUACAUGAAGUUGAGCGUGUAUGGGACUGUCUGAGUGUGUAUGUAUGUAUGUAUGUGUGUAGGUGUGUGUGCGCGCGUGCAUGUGUCCGAGGCGUCCUUAAAGCCUUACUACUCCACUGGGCCAGUUGUCGUUUCGGCGGCUCAGUGUGAAUGUUAGUUUCUGCUCAGUGGUUUAACUCCGAUUUGUUGCAGAAGUUUCUCUGUUGAUUGAAAUAAAGGCAACUUCCACUGUUUUUCAAA